CCAUCGAUAAACACUGCACAGAAACCAAGAAGAUUCAACAAUGGUGCUGCGGCUGCCCACACACCUUGCGACACCUGGCAACCACUGCCGCCGCCACUGCAAUGCCUUCUCUUCCCGCCGCGCGAUUGCGGCUUCCGACGCUCUUGUCUCUUGGCUUCCUUCACUCGCCUCUCCUUGCGCUUCAUCUUCCUCCAGGAGAUCUUGUUUUCUACCGGUUGUCAAAUGUACGGCUCAGCAAACUGGACCUGUGAAUCUGGCGCCGGGGACGCCGGUGAGGCCGACUAGCAUACUGGUGGUUGGUGCCACUGGAACCCUUGGUAGACAGAUCGUGAGGCGCGCGUUGGAUGAAGGCUACGAAGUUCGGUGUCUUGUGAGGCCUCGACCGGCUCCUGCUGAUUUUCUUCGCGACUGGGGCGCCAUAGUCGUCAAUGCAGAUUUAAGUAAACCAGAAACGAUUCCUGCAACGCUGGUCGGCAUUCAUACUAUCAUAGACUGUGCUACAGGACGGCCGGAAGAGCCCAUUAAAACGGUAGAUUGGGAAGGAAAAGUUGCUCUGAUACAAUGUGCAAAGGCUAUGGGAAUCCAGAAAUAUAUUUUCUUCUCCAUCCACAAUUGUGACAAGCAUCCUGAAGUUCCACUUAUGGAGAUCAAGUAUUGCACUGAGAAGUUUCUCAAGGACGCAGGCCUAAAUCACAUCAUCAUUCGACUCUGUGGUUUCAUGCAAGGUCUCAUUGGGCAGUAUGCUGUACCUAUAUUAGAGGAGAAAUCUGUUUGGGGAACAGAUGCUCCAACAAGAAUUGCCUACAUGGACACCCAGGAUAUAGCCAGGUUGACAUUUAUUGCAUUGCGUAAUGAGAAUAUAAAUGGGAAACUUCUUACCUUUGCUGGCCCUCGUGCAUGGACAACUCAAGAGGUGAUAACAUUAUGUGAGAGGCUUGCUGGACAAGAUGCAAAUGUUACCACAGUCCCAGUUUCAGUGUUGAGAUUCACUCGUCAACUGACAAGAUUUUUUGAGUGGACAAAUGAUGUUGCUGAUAGGCUAGCAUUUUCUGAGGUUCUUACAAGCGACACUGUUUUUUCUGUUCCAAUGACAGAGACAUACGAUCUCCUCGGUGUAGAUGCAAAAGACAUAAUAACUUUAGAGAAAUAUCUGCAAGAUUACUUCACAAACAUUUUGAAGAAACUGAAGGAUCUCAAAGCACAAUCAAAGCAAUCUGACUUUUUUAUAUGAAGUCAGACCGAUUUGUAAUGUAAAUGAAGAUUUGUAUGUGUUUUAAAUCUUGAUACAUCGUAACUUCUUGUGCAAGGUAUGCCAGUCAUUUGUUCCUUAUAUCUCUCCCUAACCCGUUGGCGGUUAGGAACCACGACUCUCCACAAUGGUAUGUAUUGUCCACUUUGAGCAUAAACUCUCAUAGUUUUGCUUUUGGUUACCCAAAAGGCCUCGUACCAAUAGAGAUAUAUUCCUUACUUAUAAACUCAUGAUCAUUCCCUAAAUUAGUCAAUGUGGAACUCCCUCCCAACGAUCCUCAACAUUGACCACCUAUGUUCUGUCUAUAUUAUCUUGUUCUAUUGCAGCAUUGUAAAUUUUAUGGUCGCUUGCUGAUACAUCAUACUUGAGUAUAUCCGAGUGAAAGUUGUAUGCUGAAAUUUAAAUUAUGUACCGGAUACCAUGUGUGAGAAAAAUAAUUUGUACUACUUGAACAUCUGUUUACAAGUUUUUUGAUAACUCUUAACUUUGCAGUUGAUCUGACGGUUAGAAGGCUAAAUUAACCUGAAAAUUGUAUAGAGAUCAUGGAAACGAUAUCGAUUAGGACAGAUUUAGGUUGUAAGGAUGUGACCAGGUUCCUUCAAUAAUAGGCAAAUAGGCUUGUUUCUUUUCAAAAUUAAAAGGAAGAACAGGAAUCAGAAGGAAAGAGCACUUUGUCAAAGGACAGUAUCUCAUAACUGCUGAUCUGUUUGGGGUGGAACAGAUUGUUUGAUUCCUCCAAUGUAUUUCAAAGGGAUUUUCUAGUCAAGGGGAUGACAGAAACAGUUCCUUGAACUGUGGUUUCCAGUUGUUUGCAGAGCUGGGAUAUCCGUGGUCCAUUUGUCUGGCGACAACGCUCCUUUAGUUUAUUCCAUACAUCCUUUGCACAUCCAUUGUAAACAAGACUGACUGCAAUAUGCUUGGCGAUGGAAUUGAUGAUCCAAGAUGUGACAAUAUCAUUGUUACAUCGUCAUACUGCAAGAAAAGACUAUCUUGGUUUUCAUCUGGCUUAGAGCGAUCAACCUUUCCUUGCUCCAAGAGAUGUAAUUAGUUGCACCUUCAAGCAAUUUCGUAACGAGAGAAGUCCAUCCAUGAGGCUGUAAAAAGAGAGAAAGGGGCGGCUAUCUAGUGGAAUUGGCCGUCGGGCUUGCUUCUAUUGGACCUGGGGUUGGUCAAGGUUCAAGCAGAUCUUCUUCAUUCUAUCAACGCCCUCAAAGGCCUUCUUCAAUGCCUCCAAACUUCAUAAGAAGACUUUGCAGGUAGUCAGAAUGGUUGAAUGAUGCAGUAGGUAAGGGUUGAAUUGGGCUUCAAUUGCUGAUGAAUCAAGGGAGGAAGAAUUUUCUGCCAC